UGAUGCAUUCAUACACGCGCUCUCACUCACAAGUGCACAGGCGAGGAAACACAGGUAUCAUGACCCUGCUCGAGAACAACCUCCAACAACAGAUGCCUCAUCUUCAACUGAGUCUCUAGGCAGAAUAAACCUCUCUUAAAACAUGAUGAGGAAUCUCUGAGGAACUUUAUAUUCUAUUUUUUUUUUCAACUUAACACAUUUGAAGUUUCCUCAACUUCAGGGAUUGUAACAGCAACAUGAGUGUGAAGAGGAAAAAGGCCGGACUUGUCAUCAGCUGGCACAAGUCGAUCUCCAUCCUGGCUCCUUGGAGGAAAGGGAAAGGAGACAGAGAUGCAGUAUUGGAUAGCGAGGUUGUCCUGACGAAAAUGAAGCUCAUCAGUAACUUCCAUGAGAAACUCCUGAUGUCUGGUGACUCUACGUCCACAAUGUCUACAGUAUCAGUUUCUGAACAGGACAUAUCGGCUCUCACCAAAGCCUCCGAAGUGAAGUCUGGACAGCCUCAGAUGGAGACCAGCUCAGACUACCUGCCUGCCGAUUUCUCAGACUCUCAGCUGCCGAGGUUAUACAAGUUUGAAUCAGAGGACUCUGGAGUGGAUCUUCCAAGUGGUGCUAACUCUCCAUCCACCCCGACAGGCUCUGAGCAGAGCUUUGUGGUUCACAGUCGAGAGACCUCCUGCGAUUCCUCCUGCAACUUAAACUCUGACCCUACCGUUCUCCCUGAUAAACUAGUCAGACAUGCACACAACUCUGAGAUUAAACAGGCAGAGGACUCGGUGGAUAACAGUUUGGGCACAACAGUGAAUACUCAGGACAGUGUGUCCAUACACUCAGAAGAACUCUGCUCUUCAGCUGUGACAGCAGAACUGCACAUAGAUAAGGAUGUGGAUAGAGACCAGAGUAGGGUUUCAGGAGAUAGUCCUGAAGGAGAUGAGAUGUCUGAACAGCUUGAGGAGACCAGGGCUGUAACUGAGAGGACCUGCUCAGAGGACACGAGGCCUGGGAAGCAAUUCUCAACAGGAACCUGUGAUGACAUGUUGGGUUGUGACUUACAGUCAGAGCCUAGAAGGAGGAGUGCGACCAUUGACAGCCUGGAGGAGUACAUGGACGAAUGCUGCAGACUUAGUGAGGCACAGGAAGUGAGUUCCAACCCUCUGGGUUCAGGCCUUGGUUACCUGGAGCACAUCUGCCAGCUCAUCGAGAAGAUCGGCCAGCUGCAGGAGACCAACCUCCGGCUGCAGAGGCAGAUCUGUGGUCUGAAGAAAGACAGCAAGAUGACAAAGACCAAAGAGGACUUUUUCAACCAGCACUGCAGCUGUGGAGCCGCCAGCCUGAGCUUCCAACAAGUUCAGAAGAGACACUCCAGAAGUGAGUGUUUGUCACCCAGUGGAACCCUCUCCGACCUGUCCACCAUCCCUGAGGUCACCCAGCACCCUCUCAUACCAACCAGAAGAGACUUGAGGAGUGAGGGUUUGACACCCGUCCCGCUCUGGAGGAGAAGCUUGAACCGAAGGAGUUACACUGAGGGGGAGGUACGCUUCCUCGGGGACAGCACGGAAGGGCUCUCCAUCCCCCAGCGCAGGCUGAGUGACAACUACACCUGGGGCCGAGUCAAAGACCUGGUGAGGAAAACUAAGCUAAGGAACCAGAGCAGGCUGGGACUGACCUCCGCCUCACUGAAGAUGUCCUGCCCACAACUCUACAGGCCUGAUCUGGGACCAGUAGAACCUGCCAGCAGAAACAGGAACUCCAUGAUUGUCUUGGGCCACCAGAGCAAAAUGGACUUCCCAUGGCUACAAUAAAUAUCCAGAUCAGAUUAAGACGGUCUCACGUGGGGAAGUGACGCAGAGGUGGUUCAAGAGUGGAAGAGAAAAAGGCAGGAAGAGGAAAGACGGAUGAAACUGAGGGAAUUAAAAGAGACGACUCUUGUACGAGGGAUGUAUGAGGAUUGUUUGCUGCUUGUAAAGGAGAAUGAGAUGAGAGUGAGCCUACUGUGCAUUUUGAAUUGUACAUCUACACUGUGACAUACUGUAAAUGAACUGCAUUAUAUUGUAAUAUAUAUUGUCUGUUAAUACUAUUUACACCAGUGUAGGUUCCCAUUCAGACGCUGCAAAAUCUGUAAUAAUCCACCUAAUGUGAAGCAUACACAUAUUUCAUUUUUUUAUAUUUCGACUCUUCAUCUUGUAAGAUGUUGUUAUAUGUGUAUGUGAUGUUGUAUAACUGGCGUGCAUGCAGAGCUAACACGUGCAGUGUGUAUGGACCGUAUGAAACAUACAUCAUGUUAACAUAUGGGCUGAAGAUAGCAUGUCGGACAGAGGGCACAGCCUCUCCACAGGCUGCCGUCUUGACUUGUGUAACAUUUUAAACACCAAAUACUGUGACUGCACAGCAGAGAGUUCUGCUUCAUUUCACUAGAACUCUGAUAAACAGCAGCUUGGCCUAACCCCUGUUAUUCUUCAUUUUCAGCCCAUAAACUCUUACGAUAGAAGGUUUUAUGUUUCUUGACGUGCAGAGCUUGUCUUGGACACCUGAAGCACUGCGAUUUAUCCUCUUUCCCAGUGUUGCUUUAUUGUCGUCUUUCUCUAGACAAGAUGGAGCUAUGGUGACAGAAAAGGCUGAGGGCGUUUAAAUAAUACUUUAUGAUUUCACAUAACUUCAUUAAUACUAAGGCCUCUGACAUCCCAGGAUUAAUGAUAAUCCAACAACAAAGGCAACUCUGAUGCAGUGAUUGGCCGGGUAUUUGCAGAGGGGUUUCCAUUAGACUUUGAAGUUUGAACGUUUUCUCUCAAGCUGUUCACUUUUCAUGUGAACGACCAGGAGCAACAUCGUGAAUGCUUUUGGGGGGGGGGACUAAACCUGAGUGUUGUUCCCCAACGUUUGUUGGAUUUGUCACAUCAAUGGGGGCAAUGAACUCCCGACCUAAGAAUACAAAAUUAUUGAGAUCAGUGCAAACAACACUAGAGAACAAGGUCUAUAUGUACAAAUAUAAGAUUAAAUGUGUGUUAAAAUUUGACUUUUUUGUGCAAAUUUAAGCAUUGGAUUAUUUUUUGCCAGUGACUCUGACACUUGCGUCAUUAUCAGAAAAGAAUUAGAACAUUUAUAUUGUGUUGCUACGGUAGUAUUAUUAUUGCCAUAACACAGAUGGAUACGACAUUGUUAUAUUUACUAAAAGUAUUUACUGUAUACUGUACUAUAAUUCAGUAAAAAAAGGGAUGUGUGUUAAUUUUUUUAAACUGUUUGUGUGUAAAUUAUGAUGCUGAUGUUUAUCUGCAGGACGUCAGACAACUGUAUAUGUUUUAUAUGUAUGGCAUCAAUAUUAAAAUUUAUUUUUCAAAAUAAAGUUAAA